AUGUCCAGUCACAGAGGCUCGCCAACCUCUCCGAGGCCUCCGAGAAGCGUUCAACAGAUAACGAAAGUGGCCCAAGAAUACGAGUAUGAUGCCCAAAUACCCUUACGCAUCUGGCUGCGGUCGGCCCAGGCAAUGCUCAAGCAGGCGGAUACAUACAUGCGAGAAGGUGAUGAGGAGACGACUUAUAUGCUGCUAUUCCGUUAUGCACACCUCGUCCUCUCCCAGCUUCCACAACACCCACAGUAUCGUGACAAGACAGCAACUCACCUCCAAGGACUGAUGCAGGAAGCUGAAAGGGAAGUCAAUGAUGUAUUAAAGAUGCUCGAUCUCAUGAAACCUCGCAUAAAUGAAAGAUAUAAUCGUUACAUCAAGGUUGUUAAGGAAAGAGAGGCAAGAAAGAUUGCACAAACACAACCGUAUCAAGCUGGACCGACUCCAGCUAUCCCAAGCCAACGCACACAACCGCUGCAAGCGCACGAGAACAAGGAAUUCGCUGUCAGGUUAGCUCAGAAAGAGAUCUCAAGACGAGCAGCAAACAGACAAAAUGCCUCAACAAUGGGCAGUGAUGGCGAAGAUUUGUCUACAAGACUACAGGAACUACGCGCUCGGGUCGAUGGACGUCGACUUCAGUCUCUGCACUCAGGUGGUGCUCAGGCAUCCCCGUCUGUAGACUCAAGUCUGCACUAUCACUAUCCCAGCGUACCUUCACAGCAUCUGCCCCCGACAGCGAGCUUCUCUUCGCUACUUCCAUCUCAACAAAGUUAUGGACGAGAUAUCCCGCUGUCGCCACCAAUGGUCCCUCCAAAACCACGCAGUGAGAUAGCUGCACCUCCACCCCGCCCUGAUAAAGUUUCUGCACAACCCGAGGUGGAAUCACGAUCAGCUACACCGGAGCCGACUCAUGUCUUCGCUCCGGCAGCGUACCUUGAGAAUGGGGAGCCUUUGCGCACAAUCUUUCUGCCGCCAGAGCUCCGUACCACGUUCCUGAGAAUUGCCUACAAGAAUACCUUGGCCAACCUGGAGACAUGCGGAUUUCUCGCAGGCAAUCUUAUAGCCAAUGCGUUCUUUAUCAGUCGGCUUAUCAUCCCUUCACAGACAGCGACAUCGGACACGUGCGAGAUGACAAAUGAAUCACAGCUUUUCGAUUAUGUAGACACGGAAGACCUUAUGGUCUUAGGAUGGAUACACACGCACCCAACCCAGACAUGCUUCAUGAGCAGUCGAGAUUUGCACACUCAUGCUGGAUACCAGAUGAUGCUAGCCGAGAGCAUUGCGAUUGUUUGUGCUCCUAGCAAAGGUGAUGUCACUCACGGCGGUGACUGGGGAGCUUUUCGAUUGACGGAUCCGCCCGGGAAGAAAGCGAUCCUUAACUGCGAUCAACCCGGGAUUUUUCACCCUCAUGCGAUUGAGAACAUUUAUACCGACGCGCUUCGCCCGGGACAUGUGGUCGAGGCGAAAGGUAUGAAGUUUGAAGUAGUGGAUCUCAGAGACAAAUAA